UGUGGGAGCAAGUCAUUCCUUUUGCUGGAGCUGGACUCCCUUGCUUCUUUAAAGCCACGCGCGCGCACGCAACGCAAGCACAAGCACGCUUGCCCACUUCUUCUCCACUUCACACUCCGCCGCUCGCUUCAUCACCUAGCUAGCAACCUCUCGAUCGAAGCCCCUCGACCACCGCGGCAAUGGCGGGGCGUGCCGUUGCACCGCGUGCUCCCCAAUGAUUGGUCCUCCCCGAUCGCAAUUGCCGCAAGCUUAUUAAUCCGAUCCUCGACUAGCUCCCACUAGUUGUCUUGUUUUCUGCUACCUGGCUAUAUAGCUUCGUCACACGAUGACCAAUAAUAGCAGCAGCAGCAAUGGCAACGGCACGAACGCGGCGGCGAGCGGCUGGCUGGGCUUCUCGCUGUCGCCUCACAUGGCCUCCGCCAUGGACGACCACCACCAGCACCAGCACCACGUCCAGCAACAGCAGCAACACGGCCUCUUCUUCCCUUCCGUCACCGCGGCGGCGGCCGCCUACGGCCUCGGCCUCGGCGCCGGCGACGCCGCCGCCGUGGCCGCCAGCGCGCCGUCGUACUACACGCCGCAGCUCGCGUCCAUGCCGCUCAAGUCCGACGGCUCCCUCUGCAUCAUGGAGGCGCUCCGGCGAAGCGAUCAAGAUCACCACGGGCCGAAGCUUGAGGACUUCUUGGGCGCGGCGCAGUCGCAGGCCAUGGCGCUGAGCCUGGACAACGCCGCCGCCGCCGCCGCCGCCUCCAGCUUCUACUACUACGGCGGUGGCGCCGGCACUGGUGGCCACCACCACGGGUUCCUGCAGCCGUGCGCCGACCUGUACGGCGGGCCCUCGGCGGCGGCGCUCGUGGCUGACGACGAGGCCACGGCCGCCGCGACGGCGAUGGCGAGCUGGGUGGCCGCGCGCGCCAGCGCGGCCGAGAGCGGCGUGCAUUCCGCCGCCGCCGCGGGGCAUCAGCACCACCACCACGCGCUGGCGCUGUCCAUGAGCUCCGGGUCGCUGUCGAGCUGCGUGACCGCGCACCCCGGCGAGUACGGCAUGGUGGCCGCCGCCGGCGCCGGCGCGAUGGUGGACGGCGGCCGGAAGCGCGGCGUCGCCGCCGGGCAGAAGCAGCCCGUCCACCACCGCAAGUCCAUCGACACGUUCGGGCAGAGGACGUCGCAGUACCGCGGCGUCACGAGGCAUAGGUGGACGGGGAGGUAUGAGGCACACCUGUGGGACAACAGCUGCAAGAAGGAAGGCCAGACCAGGAAGGGCAGGCAAGUUUAUCUCGGCGGGUACGACAUGGAGGAGAAGGCGGCGAGAGCCUACGACCUGGCGGCGCUCAAGUACUGGGGCCCCUCCACGCACAUCAACUUCCCGCUGGAGGACUACCAGGAGGAGCUGGAGGAGAUGAAGAACAUGACGAGGCAGGAGUACGUGGCGCACCUCAGGAGGAAGAGCAGCGGUUUCUCACGGGGCGCGUCGAUGUACAGAGGAGUCACAAGGCACCACCAGCACGGGCGGUGGCAGGCGCGCAUCGGCCGCGUCUCCGGCAACAAGGACCUCUACCUCGGCACCUUCAGCACGCAGGAGGAGGCGGCGGAGGCGUACGACAUCGCCGCCAUCAAGUUCCGGGGCCUCAACGCCGUCACCAACUUCGACAUCACGCGCUACGACGUCGACAAGAUCAUGGCCAGCAACACGCUCCUGCCGGGCGAGCUCGCGCGACGCAAGAAGGACGACGAGGUCGCCGCCAUCGCCCCCGCCGACGGUGGCGCCGGCGGUGUCACGACCGCGGCGCUGGCGGCGGCGGCGCAUCAGGCUGCAAACGGGAGCGCCGCCGCAGCGGACACGUGGAAGGUGGCCGCAGCGCUGGCCGCCGCGGAGCACGGCCACGGCGCCCACCACCACCACCACGACGUGCUGUCCGGCGCGGAGGCCUUCUCGGUGCUCCACGACCUGGUGACCGCCGCGGACGGCGGCGGCCACCACGGCGCCGGAGCCGCGCAGCACAUGCCCAUGUCCAGCGCGUCGUCGCUGGUGACUAGCCUCGGCAACUCCCGCGAGGGCAGCCCCGACCGCGGCGGCGGCCUCUCCAUGCUCUUCUCCAAACCGCCGGCGCCGGCGCAGCAGCAGCAGCAACAGGCGGCCAACAACAAGCCGAUGAUGAGCCCGCUCAUGCCGCUGGGCUCCUGGGCGUCCCCGGCGUCGGCCAGGGGCGCCGCCGCCGCCGUGUCCAUCGCGCACAUGCCCGUCUUCGCCGCCUGGACCGACGCCUGAUCCGCCCACGGUUGCGGGUCCCACCAUGCGCGCGCCAUGCACUUCUUCCCGAUCGCCACGUAAGCGUUCCCCGUGGCACCCAUGGACGCGCGCGUCCGACGACCGGCGGCUUGUCGCCGUCCGACCGGUCUUGUUGAUCGCUUAGUUAAUUUAGGGUUCUUAGCUAGCUAGCUAGAUGGUUGAGCGUAGCGGGUUAAUUAGUUAGCCAUUAGCCAUGGGGAGAUUGGUUAGUGAAGCUAGGUUAUCGUUCGAGGUUACAAAAGGAGAACGCAAGGCGCCGCCUCUGCUGUUUCCUUCUUCUCCGGCUCCGGCGACGGAGACGGCGACGGGGUCGGAGGAGAAGGGGUUUUGUAAUAUGGAGGCCGGAGAUGAUGUGCAUCUCCUCCAAAAUAUAUAAUCCAAAACUGAUUACUAA